UCGAACAGUCAACGACAGUCAGUCGACGAAAUAUUGUACGCUCAUAUUCGUUUAUCCACAUCGUCGUGCGUUUCAUUAUCCCGGAAGUCAUCCCGCCGAUUCAGGUAAAUUGUUGGCUUUUUUAUUAUUUUUUUUUUUAUCAAAUUUCGUUUCGUCAGUAACUGUUUUCAGCGGGUACCCGCAAAAACGCGGUUUUUAUAAUAAGCAAUAUAUUGUCACGUCACGUAGACGUCGAUAGCACCCGCGCCAGCAGAUAACCCGGGUUCUCUAUAUUGUUGUCAUAAUUUUGCGUUUAUCUGUAUGUUUUCUAAAAUCAACGAAACUAAUAACGUCUCGCUAAUAACGGAUUAUUAACGGAAAAAAAAGAAAAUAGGUACUCGCAGUGGCGUAAAUCGAUCUCGAUUCCUGGUGGCGUAGGUUAGGUCAAUUUCGCAAUCCACCGACACUCCAACUUUCUCGACAUUUUUUUCUCCUUUUUUUUUUUUUUUUCUACAAACAAAAAUGUAUUAUUGCAUUGUUCGAACAGUACAAUUUUCAAAUUUUCAAAACGUUCCGGUGCGCGCAAAAGUACAACUUUGCACCGCGUUUCAACCGUACGGUGGCGCGAGCGCUGUAUUAUUUGCACAGGCCGAUUUCCGCCGCUGGAUAACCGAAACGCCUUUACCGCGUUGAGUUUAUCCGGUUUUUUUUUCCGGCAGGAUUUUUUUUUUUUUUCUUCGUUACGCAUUCGUUGAGACGGCAAAUACCGCAGCGUCAUUGUGCGUUUGGCGGCGACGUCGUGGUAAGACGGGGGGGGAGGAGGGGGCGACGAUCAAACAGCCGGGCGGCGAAAUGAAAGUGGUUACGUGUACUCGAGGCCGUGCGCGGUUCGCCCGUUUAUUCUGACCUCGGAUGGUCGUUUUUUUCGACCGUAUUCACGCACUGCAACCGACCGCAAUAAUAAUUAUUAUUAUUAUUCCGAUUCGUUCGACCGUAUUCGGAAAUGUAUGGGACAAAAUUCGGCGCACAACAAUUAUUAUUACAUUAUUGUAAAAGCCUUAUUUUCGUCGGCCGUUUUCAUUUUUCCGACCAAACGUUUCCAAACACGGGUUCGCGUGCAUCGUGUACCAAUAGUUUGAAUUGGCGUAUUUGCGCGACAGUUACAAAGAUAAAAAAAAAAAAAAACUACCGUAGUUGUAGUAGCGCACAUAUUCGUGUUUCCUUCUUCCCUCCCCCCGUGUUGUGUACCGGGUUGACCGAGAGUAUAAUAUUAUAACAAAUCCACGAAGGUUUCGCGACGAAAACGAUGUAUCGUUUUCUUUUUUUUUUUCUUUUUUUAUAAUUUUUACGGAAAAACUCUCGGGAAUCGAAUGCAGACAUUUUUUUCAAAUAAAAUACCGCCGAGCGAUAAGUCUCAGGACGGCGUGGGAAAAAAAAAACCGCGUCUUAGUAAAACAAUAAUAAUUCCGUCGCUAUAAACACUCGGAAUCUAAAACCGCAAUCUAAUACUUUUAUAAUUACUCUCGUACGAAUAAAUACGAAAAUAGUGUGUACACCAUCAUGUACUGAUAUGAAACACAAACGACCUGGACAAAUUCCCUUUACCGAGUUAUGACUUUGUCGACUCAUUCAAUCAGAACUUUGGUGAAGUCUCACGCGCCCAAGUUUGUAAAUUAAUAGGUACUCCAUUACGUUAACGGUAUCGAUUGUUAUAAAUAACGUCAUAACUAUGUAAAUUCGGCAUUUUAUCCGAAAUCGUUCUUUAAUAGCCGCGUCGUUAUUAUCGCAAUAACCAUUUUUUUUUUCAUUCAAUAAUACGUUCUUAUUAUAUGAAUUCCGUGUAGUUUUCGGUGGUUUCCACUGUACUCGUCGACCGUCCGCGAACAGUUAUUGUCGAAAACGUUAUUUCGUUUUAAACUCUAAAAAUCAUCGGACGGCGACGUCGGUAAUAAUCAUAAUUAUUAUUAUUAUUAAUUCUCGACCAAAUACCCACGCGAAUAACACUCCACGUGCACAAAUUAAUCGUUCGGUGGGAAUUCUCCUUGGGUACCCGGGAGUUAUCCUUGGACCCAUCCUUGUCCAUGCCGCGCCAUUAGGCUGGUUUAAUGCGUAAUAAUAUACGCGUAUCCAGCCUGUAAAAUAUUUUUUACGCACAGAAAUCGCAAGGUUUCCGAGGAAUCCGAAAUGAUUAAUCAUACUGCAGGAAACUAUUUAUUAACUGAGCGCAAUUAUAACCCCACACGAAUAUCGUUUCACGUAAAUGAUAUUGUUACUUGCGCAAUAUCGAACGGCUAUUUUUAGGUGCCCAGUCAACUAUUCGAAACUUAUUUUUACCGAACGAGAGUAACCGGUUUAUUAUGUAACGAAUUUUAUUACUCGUGCACAGGAAAUAGAAAAAAAAAAUACUGUUAUAUUUUUUUUGAUUAGAUAUACUACUAUUGUGUAGUUCUUUCGAAUUUAGUGGGAUGAAAUCUAAAAUUCGAGAAACUCGAUCUCGAUAAAUUGAACAGACUCAACAGUAGCGUGUUUAGGAUUUCGUCAACGAGGGGGGACAUUGAAUUUGAAAACCGUGUCGUAUUGUGCAAUGCGUAUCAGGGUUAAAAAAAAAAAUCAAUUUUAUAUUCUUGUAAGUAAUUCAUAAUUCGAUUUGCCUUACAUUGUAAUUUAAAUCAAAUAAUCAGUUAUACCUUAUAUAGUGAUAUAAGUAUUAAUUAAUUUACUGUUUAUUAGGCACAAAUAAUAUACAGAAGGUUAUUUUUAUAAUCAAAGUGGUUUGGAUCCUAUAGGUUUCCUUUUAAGUGAGAAAAUGUAUCCGUUGGCGGUUUUAUUUUUUGACAUUAUUAUUAAUAUUAUAGGUGUUGACACAUAAAAUGUUUGAUUUUUCUGAUUAAAAAGUUGAAUUUAAAAAUUCAUAUAAAUAAUUGAUACUAGAAAAAAAGUUCAAAGAGGGAGUGUGGGAUAUCUCAUUAAUCUCGCUGCUGAAACUCGACGAGUAAAUUCGCAUUUGUUUUCGAAAUAUCAUUCUUAUAUCUUCGCCACAUCGACCGGCCAUUUCGGAACGAAAACACGUUUGAAUUAUCGCGCCAGUGUUCGGCAAAGUCGGAAAUUCGCUCGUUUCGUUUGCACAUCGCGAACGGGCGUUUAUUUUUACGAAUCGCCGAAUAUGUUUUCAAACGCGAACAUUCGACGGUCUCUGCCAGUGGGCCAUUGCGAUGAAAUUAUGCUGAUACCGGCGAUACCCGCGUCAAAUGUUACGCGGUCAACAAAACCCGUUUGUUUUUAUUCGUGUAAUAAUCGACUCGUUAAAAACAGUUUUCACCGUUCGUUAUUGAUCUUUUUCGUCACUCGAUGAAUAAUAUUUCGAUUUAUUUUCAGAAUGCCUAUCGACUUUUACUACACUCCGGGCAGCGCGCCAUGCAGAGCCGUUUUGUUGGCCGCCAAGUCUUUGGACUUGGAACUGAAUUUGAAGCCGUUGGAUCUGCACCACGGCGAACAUUUAAAACCGGAAUUCGUCAAGGUAAAGCUUACAUAAAUAAAAUUAACAUUAACGGCGCAGUCGGUGUAAUCGUUUAUGAUUUUUUUUUUUCAUGUACAGCUUAACCCCCAACAUUGUGUACCGACAUUAGUGGACGGUGACUUGGUUUUAUGGGAGAGGUGAGUACAAUUAUUUUCAGAUUAAAUAAACAACUGUAAAUGACAGGCGUGUUUAUUUACUGUAGUAACCAUCACAAUUCACACGAUUAAAUUUGAAAUGUUAUUAUUUGCGUUAUCGUGUCCAUACGAUUGAUUUGUUAUUAGUAGUUUACCAUUAAAAAAAUUGGAUUUAAUCAAAAAAGAUUAAAAUAGCUAAAAUCAUGUCCCCGACAACGCGAUUAUUUUUUAAAAAACCGCGUAAAAAUAGGUUAUUGCGAGUAGUUUGUGAAGUCUAUUAAUGUGAGAUAUACUAAUAUUAAUAUUUUUUUAUAUAUCUAUACAGAAGCUCCACAGAUAUCUGUGGUCUGCACCUUUUGAGGAUUGAGACAAUAUAAAAUAAAAUGUUAUGGUUUAUUGACUAAAAAUUGGAUUCUGUGACCGAUUUCUCUGAAUAUCUCACGGUUUUUUCUUAUUAGUUCCAGGAGUGUUUUCGGAGAGUGCUUUAAACGGAGAGAAUUCAACCUCUAAAGUGAGACUCACACCGGAACGUUGUCCUUAAAAUACGAACAUUACACUUUUUUUGUUUUUGUUUAUUUCUAGUAUCCAAUGGUUACACGGGGAAAAACUAUUUUUAUUUUUACUACUCAUAUAAUCAAUUAUUGUUUCCAAGGAAAGACCCGUUUUUGUUUUUUUUCCCUCGUUCAAUACUACUGACAUGGUAAUACAGCUAGUAUCUAUUUUAUUAAUUAAAAAUAAUUAAUGAAACAUAAAUGUGAAGGAAAACUGGUCGUUAUUUGAUAUUACUUAUCGAACCGAAAACUGAUUAAAUAGCUAUAUAUAUAUAUAUAUGCGCGAAACAUUUACUUUAGCUAGAUAUCCAAUAAUAAUGUUAUAAGGACUGUGCGGAAUCGACCAUAGAUAUUUUCUGGAAAUUGUCGACGUUGAACGUUUCGAAUAAUGUGAAAUAAGCGUGAAUAAUAUAAAUUUUAAAAAAUAAUUGAAGGAAGGGUUCGGUGCAACAACAAGCCAAGUCCUCUUUUUGAAUUUUUUUAAAAGAUAGAAGAAAACCCAUCCGUUUGUGGGACUCGUCUCCUUUUCGCCCGGACUUUGGUUACAUCAGACAAAUCCUGAUUACCUACUAUUUGUUCUGUAUCUAGUAGACGGACUUGCAUUAUUAUCGCAUCACCUUACGUAGCAUUAUUUAUUGCUUUACUCGAAACUAUUAAAAAGUCAUUUCGGAUUUGCAUGGUCGUUGUACUCCGUCGCCACACUCUAAAAAAUAACUCACAAAUAACGGAGUGUGUGUGGAAUAAAUACAUUUUUGUAAUUCAACAUCCGAGCUCUACACUUUUUAUAACACAAUAACCGUAACAAUAUCGUGUAGGUAUGAAUAAUAACAAUAUUUGUCCGGUUUCCGUUAGGUCAGCGAUAAGAAUAUUAAUUAGGUUAAUAUUUAUGCACUUAAUGAUUUGAAUUUGUUUUUUUUCGUAUUGCGUGCGAUGUACAUUAAUAUUAUUACGAACGAGAUAAACCGUUUCGACGAAUGUACUCAAUUAUCAUAUUAUUUAAUAUAAUAUUGGUAGCAUUAUAUUUUCGAUCCUAUACAGGGUGUCUCGGAAAUCGGACAAAUGAAACAACUGUUUCUGUUGAAUAUUUUUUAAGGUUUUUUUUUUUUUAAUAAUUUCCAGAAUCUCAAGCUAUGUUUCUUAUAUUUUAGAUUCCGAGCGUAGCGAGGGAGCUAGUGGUUUUACAAUGCUAUUUAUUUUUUUUCUUUGUUCUAGACUGUGGGUACGUUUUUCCUAGUCAAUUUGCUCCGAUGUAUAAGUGUAGCACCUCUUCUAAAAGCUCAAGUUGUUUAGAUUGUACUUAAAACAAGUCAUUUUUUGAUUUUCGAUGCCAUUUUUUAAAUAAAAGCACUAAAGUGGGAAAAAACGUAGGAAAACGUACAGUUUCACGAUUUCAUCAUUUUAUAAAAACACGGACGACGUUUUUUACCAGAAAAAAUGAUUUAAUCAAAAAAUCACAAAACACCUUUUUUUUUGCAUUUUUGGUUUAGUUUUUACGGUGUCAUCGAUAAAAAUGUUGAGCCAUUUUUGAACUUUUAAUGAAUUUUAAUUUUUGGGAGUUUGUUUGCUGUUAUUCAGUUAUAAAUACACGUAGAGACUUGAAACUUGGAAAAAUAUUUUUAUUGGACUUACCUAGAAGUGGUUAGGCCCAAAAGUCGCCCAAAGUCAAUGACCGAAUAUUUUAUAUAGGGUCUUGUGCGUGACUCUAAGCGCAUUUGAAAUUUAUACACCGAGGAAUUCGUUAAGAAGUACGUUCAUAUUAAUUAUUAUUUUAUAAAAAUCCAAAGAAGUACGCAAACAUAUGAUUCGACACGAAACGCGAAGAUCCAAAUUAAAAAAAACUCCAAUAGAAAGCUGAAAAUUGGUUACUUCUCGUCACUUAAAGGAAUGAUUUUAAUACAUGUAUCACUGAAGGAGUGGUCAGGAGGAUUGACACCUGACACUUGAAUCAUGUCCUCUGAAUACGAAUAGCGGAUUUCUUUUAAGGCAAAUCGAAAAGUAUUUUACACGCAUAAAAUCGAACCGGACGUUUUACAAUUUAAAGACUUUAGUUUUUUUUUUCAUUUUUUUCAUUUUACCUUGUUACGGUAUUCUGGCCAAGGAACGGUUUCAAACGAUAUCGAGGUAUUAUAUGGAAAUUAUUUUACAUAUAUACCGUCCUUUAUAACACUAUAUUUAGAUUGCCAAAGGUCGUAGUACGGCUAUCUGGAUAGAGCUUUUUACAUAAUAAGUAUCUAAAAAAGUCCCCUCGGAUUGUGAUGAAACUACUGAUUCGUUUUCCCGUCCAAUAUAGAAAAUCGGGACGAAUAUAAAAUAUAACCUCAGGUGACGCUAGGGAAACCGACAGCUAAUAAUAACAUUAUAAUAUAGGGGUAUUUUUUUGUGACCUGUUCGUAAGUUACAAAAUGUUAAUAUUACUUUCGUAACGAUCUAUUUGUCGAUGACGUUUUAUUGCUGCGUAUUAUUUCUGUUCGAAUAAACUCGCGACUUUACAAUGUUAAAUUAUAGUUGGUUCCGGUAAAAGCCGUUUGAAAGUCGAUAUUGCGAAAUUAAAAUUAAAUUCCAUUGAAUUCGAUUAAUUGUUACAGCCGAGCGAUCAUCGUGUACUUGGUCCAAGUGUACGGAAAAGACGACUCGCUGUUCCCGAAGGACCCGAAGAAGCAGGCGGUGAUCAACCAAAGAUUGCAGUUCGAUCUCGGCACUUUGUACCCGGCCUUUGCCGAUCAAUACGUGAGUGGCUACUAUAGUAAUACACCAAUUAUUAUGAUUUUAGAUUUUUGGGUCAGUGAAAAUCGUCAAAUACGUUCUCACCGCGUAGGUAUACAAUAUUAUCUUCGAUGCCUAUUUUUCGUCUACAGUUUUUCGGAAAUAUUUGGCAAACUGCAGACAAGAAAAUAAUAUUACAAUACACUUACGCCGGUUUUAUUUUUUCGAUUUUUUUUUCCGGACUAAAGUAUAGACAUAUAAAAUUGAGAAAAUCCGCAUAUACAUAUAACAUGUGUUGAUAGGAGGGUUCGCGAACGGGAUUUCCGUGAUCCUGCAUUAUUAUACUUACUGUUGUGCCUUAUAUUUAUAUAUUAUUUUUAUUGUACCUUUAUUAUAGUACCCGUGGAUAUUUGCCGGAGUACCCAAAACUGACGAAAAAGAGAAAAAAAUCCAUGACGCUCUUGCGUUUUUGGAAAUAUUUUUGGCAUCUUCUGAUUGGGCUGCGGGCGAUAACGUUACGGUGGCCGAUUUGGCUUUGGUCGCUUCCAUUUCAACUUUCGAGGUAUGUUAUAAUAAGAAUACUUCUUUUGCAUAUCAUGUUGAACGCGCGCGCAGUAUUAUUCAUUUUUUAUUUAUUUUUUUUUUAAGUCGGUCGACGUUGAACUUAAGAAGUACGCUAACAUUUCUAAAUGGUUGGAAAAAUGUAAGGCAACUUUGCCUGGUUACGAAGUCAAUCAGAAGGGAGCCGAUGGGUUCAGAAAUAUGGUAGACAAUCUGACGAAGAAAUAAUAAUUUGUAUUAUUGUUUACACACUACAGCAGUACUACACGCAUUUCAUUCGAUUAAAUUAUGUAUUUUUUUUUUUUGUUUUUACUCCUAUGCUUUAUUUGGUUUCAUUCGCAUUCUACGAUGGCAUAAAUAAUAUUAUUACUUUUAAAAACAUUUUUAAAUAAUAAUAUACACUAUUUUUAUUAUU